AUUUUCAGAGGAUAGAGAGAAAGAGAGGCACCAAUCGCCGCCGUGACGGAGUGAAGCAGCCAUGGUUCACGUCGUGUUCUAUCGCAACUAUGGCAAGACAUUCAAGAAGCCUCGUCGUCCUUAUGAGAAGGAGCGUUUGGAUGCUGAGCUGAAGCUGGUGGGAGAGUAUGGGCUGCGUUGCAAGAGAGAGCUCUGGAGGGUUCAGUAUGCCCUGAGCCGAAUCCGUAACAAUGCAAGGAUGCUUUUGACCCUUGACGAGAAGAACCCCCGUCGGAUCUUUGAGGGUGAGGCGCUUCUCCGGAGGAUGAACCGUUAUGGGCUUUUGGAGGAGGGUCAGAACAAGCUUGAUUAUGUUUUGGCUUUGACUGUGGAGAAUUUCCUUGAGCGUCGCCUGCAGACAGUUGUGUUUAAGAAGGGUUUGGCAAAGUCCAUUCAUCAUGCCCGUGUGCUCAUCAGGCAGAGGCAUAUCAGAGUUGGAAGGCAAGUGGUGAACAUUCCAUCCUUCAUGGUCAGAUGUGAUUCCGAGAAGCACAUUGAUUUUGCCAUUACAAGUCCAUUGGGUGGCGGAGGUCCCGGUAGAGUCAAGAGAAGGAACUUGAAGGCAGCUGCCAAGAAGGCUUCUGGUGGAGGAGAUGGAGAUGAAGAGGAUGAGGAAUGAACAUCUGAGUUGAAACUAUUUUCUUCUAGGACGUGCUUCUCAAUAACUCCUACAUAGGUUUAGUCUCCUACAGGUUUUUGAAUUAGGGAGUGAAACUCCUCUUUGCGUGCAAGAAAUUUUUUGUUUCUUUUAAGAUUAAUUUUAUACCAGUGGAGAUUAUACUACUGAAUUUUUCAGUUUUC